UACUAACAUUUUUGUUUUCAUUUUUCGGGAAUACGAAACUUAAAGCACAUAGUUUCGAUCUAUCAGUUUUUGGCUCUUAAAUACUUUUUCACGACUUCCGGCGAAGUUAUGAUUUGAAGAUUUUUGUAUCGAUCUAAUCACAACUAAAUUUUUGGAAACACAGUCUGUGAAAUGGCUAAAAAAGGAUUCUAUGCCGUCAGAAGAGGAUACAAAACAGGAAUCUUUAAAACCUGGGAAGAAUGUCAAGCUCAAAUCAAUGGGUAUUCAUGCUCUGAGUUUAAAAAGUUUUCAACCCAAGCUGAAGCGCUGGGAUAUCUAAAAACCAGUUCUAGAGAAAAAUCUUUUACUACCCACCCUAUUUCAAAACCUGUUUCUAAAGUUCGAUACAAUUAUGGGAAAACAAUUGACAAUGAUGUCAAAAAUAAUGAAAAAAUUUUGAGGUAUCAGAAUAUCGUACCAAAAGUUAUCUCGUUUGAGAGUUCCACUAGCUUGUAUAAGAGUCCUGUUAAUUCGUAUGAUGAUUCCGUUAGCUCGUAUGAGAAUGAACAUAUUUACACUGAUGGAGCAUCUAAAGGAAAUGGUAAGGAGGGUGCUAAAGCAGGGUUUGGAUGUUUUUUUGGUAUGGGAGAUCCUAGAAAUCAUUAUGGGAAAGUCGUUGGCCAGCAAACCAAUCAAAGAGCUGAGCUAAGUGCGAUUUUACAUGCUCUAAAAGUGGUCGAUCAGGAAUUAAGUGAUGGCGCAAAAAAGUGUUACACCAUAUUUUCUGAUAGUAAAUACUCGAUAUCAUGUAUUGAUAGCUGGAGUUUGAGCUGGGAAAAAAAUGGAUGGAAAAAAGCCACUGGACAAAAAAUAAUCAAUCUCGAUAUAAUCAAAUCAGCAGUAGCCUUGAAGAAAUCCAUCAACGAAAAAUGCAAACAGGCUGGAAAGCCCAGUUUAGCCUUUUGCCAUGUUCGAGGCCACAUAGGAGUCUUUGGAAACGAACAGGCUGAUUUGUUGGCCAACAAAGGCUGUAUGUGAGAGCUGCUACGGCAAAUAUCAAAAGCACUUGAGCAUUAAAGACAAGCACCAGAAAAAAAAGCCAGAAAAAAAAGCCAGAAAAAAACACCAGAAAAAAAC